CGGCGAACGUUCAUUGGACCGCUCCCUUCCUUAUGGUAGAUUUGAAUUUGUUGUGGAGAGAAUAGUCACUGCUCCGCGUCCUCCUCAACAUGGCCCAGAAUAUCGCACCCGUCACGGCCUCCAGCAGUAAUGUGACCAAAAGCAGCCCAGAGAAGGCACUGGCGGGGCGGGACAGCCACUCAGUAACCAAAAGAUUACAGCAUGAGCUCAUGACACUCAUGAUCUCUAAAGACAAAGGCAUUUCUGCUUUUCCUGAUGGAGACAACCUUUUCAAAUGGGUGGGCACUAUCACUGGCCCAGCCUCCACAGUAUAUGAAGGAUUGUCUUACCGUCUGUCCCUGGAAUUCCCCAGCAGUUAUCCAUACACAGCACCCACUGUCAAAUUCAUUACAACUUGCUUUCAUCCCAAUGUUGACUUGCAUGGUAAUAUUUGCCUUGACAUCUUGAAGGAGAAGUGGUCAGCAUCGUACGAUGUGCGAGCUGUUUUGCUCUCCAUACAGUCACUGCUUGGAGAACCCAACAAUGACAGUCCCCUCAAUGGCCAUGCUGCAGAGCUAUGGGCCAACCAGACGGCCUACAAGAAGCACUUGCUGGAACAUUACAAAAAGGCAAGCCAGUCCUGAUUCCACGACUCAUGCACUGGAACCAGGCUGUGGCAACGCUAAAGGCAACUUUUGCGUGGUUGUCAUCUCGUCAGUUAUUUUAGAUUAAGGCAUAGUAUUUUAUAACCAGCUAUUUUACUCACUCCAUGCCAGGAGAAUUGCAAAAUGUAUAAAAGAUUAUCAGAAUAUAGUUAGUUUGAAAUCAUCUAAUACUUCUGUUGAUACUAUCAUCUGAAUUUUUUUUUUUCAAAUAUUGAAAUACUACUUCAUGGAUACAGUUUAAUGUGAGGUACCUAUUAGUCAAUUCAUUCUAUCUAUAGAAUGAAUGGCUGGCCUCUCUCCUGGAGCUCCAGGUGUCAGCCAUUGGCAUGUGUGUUGCUCUGUGAUCUUCAUUUUCUAAAUACUUCUGUUUAUAUGCUUGGUGUUUUAUCAGUGUAUGAAGACAAGUGGGUUUCAGGUAUUUAUCAGAGGCCUUUAUUUAGUGAUUAGAAUUUUUAUAAGAAACACAUUAUGUAAGGUCAAAAUAAUUAUUGUAUGUUAUGAUGACAUGCAUUGAUUUUAAUAGAUAUGUUUUCUGUCUGUGAUCCAUAUUAUGAACAAAUCUGCCUUACUUCAAUCCUCCCAGUAAAAACAGUUAUUUUGAAAGGAAA